GUCGCGAGGUGUUGUUUGGUUGGGAUUCAGGUGGUUGGUUGGUUUGUUGGUUGUUCGUGCGUCACUUCAACCCUAGGGGCUUCCGCAAAUUCACUUGAUUGUCGCGGAUUUAGGGUUUGACCAAGUAGAGAUACGUUCAAUACGCCUGCUGAGUAAGGAUUUGCUGGCAGAGUGGGCAGUUUUUUCUCAUAUCCAAAUCUUGAGCGUGCAGGUUCUCCCUCUGCCAGCCUCGACGCGGAACUCCAUCCCUCGUACCCCGAGAUUUUUCUCAUUCGCAUUUAAGAUCAGGUUCACCCUCUUUAGAAACUUGCACAUGUACUGCCAAUCUCCUUAGCUUACCUUUAUAAUCACACCAAUGCAUCAGUCAGCCGGCGGCCGGCAAGAGCGGCAGAUACGGCCGGUCCAGCUCGGGUUCCCGCGACUCCCCCAUUGCGCCCUCCCGCUCCGACCAGCCCAGCUGGCGCUCCGCCGCCGCCGCUGGAUGGUGGCGAUGAGCGCGUGCCUGAUAGGGCAUCUGGUGGAGGUGCAACUGGUGCAGGGCGACUCGUACUGCGGCAUCUUCCAUGCUGCUAACGAGGAAGACUUUGGCGUGGUGCUCAAGUUGGCGCGGCUGGUGCGGCAGGGGACAGGUGCGCAGAGCACAGAGACGGCUGCAGUGAGGGAAGCUGCCAGGAAGCCUCCGUUGAAGACGCUGGUUGUGCCUGCUGCUGACCUGGUGCAGCUGAUUGCCAAGGACCUCCCUCUAUUCGGCUCUGACCUCAUGGCGUCCUCCUUGGCGCCCAACGGGGAGAUCAUAACGGACAGCAGCAUCGGCAGCAUGGUUACCACACGCGGCAGCUGGGGGCCUGCAGGCACAGGGGCAGGAGGAGGGGAGGGGCGCGAGUUGCAGCGGUGGGCGCCGGACGGAACGGAGGAGGGGAUGGGGUUGGAUGAAGACACCUUCAGAAGCAGCUCCAGGGCGUGGGACCAGUUUGAGGCGAACCGCAAGCUGUUUGGCGCCCAUGCGGAGAGGAUCGCACGGGAGAUCGAGUCGGCACCCACCAGGAACAUGCACAUCGCAGAGGAACGCGGCUUUCACCUGCGCAACGCAGCGCGCACGCUAGCAUCCGCUGUCAAGGCAGCCAUCUCCGGUGGUGACUCCCCUGCUGCCGCUGCUGCUACUGCUGCUGCUGGUGCUACUGGUGCCGCUGGUGCGGUGGCGGUGGGUGCUGCGGACAGCGCGUGGGACGAUGACGACAUGGACGAGGAGACCAAGUACUCCUCCGUUAUCCGCACUGCAGCCGACCUGGACAGCGGAAUGGAAGAUGAAAUGGACGAAGCGAACGAUGAGACGUUUGGUGAUGCACCCAUGCAUGCCACUUCGGAUAAGGCGCCCCCCCUGCUACCAACCCCGGGCGUGCCGUCCGAAUCAGCUGGUAAAGGCGCUCCAGACAAGGGCGAGAAACAGACAGAAUCUGCCGCCCCAGCUGCUGCGGGUGGCACUGGUGGUGGGAGCAUAGGAGAGGAGGUGGAGAGUGGAGAGAAGGCCAAGGGGGAAAGCGUUGGAACGGAGGAGACGAAGGGGGGUGGGGAAGCAGAGGGGGGAACGGGGAAAGGGGAAGGGGCAAAGGGAGCAGAGGAUGGGAAGGGGGAGGGGAAGGAGGGGAAAGGAGAGAGGGAAGGGAAGGAGGGAAGGGAAGGGAAGGAAAGGAAGGAGGGGAAGGAAGCAAAGGAUGGGAAGGCAGUGGGUGCGUCGCGGUCGUCAUCGGCGUCGUCCACCUCGUCUGCCAGCGGUGCUGCUCUCUCCGCUGCUGACCUCCCCGCCAUCCCCUCGCACCCGCGCCUGCGCAUGCAUCCCAGGCGGCUGGUCAAGGCUGCAUCUGGCGGUCUCUUCCAGGUGCACGGCAGCCCCUCCCGGCGCUCCCCUCUCAUGUCCCCGCUAUUGAGCGAUGCGCCCGCUAACCUGCAAGCGCUGAACCUGGACCAGAGCGUGCCACACCUGUCGGAUGAUGUGUACAGGGAGUUUCAGGAGUUCAAGCAGCGAAGCCAGCGCAUGCGGGACGAGGCGGAGGGGGUGCGGUCCUGCAGCGACCUGCUGGGCAAGUUUGAUUCUCGCUCGCCUGUUUCCUCCUGUCGCUCGUCUGGUCGCAACACCCCAACCUACCUGGAGAGCUCCCACUCCUCCCCCGACCUCAAGCCCUUCCUCGCCUCUGCCGCCUCGGCUCUCCUCCGCUCCUCCUCCUCCACUGCCGUCUCUGCUGCUGUUGCUCCCUCCACCUCCUAUCGCUCUCCUUCCCCGUCCAACCUGGCGCGUUCCCAGUCACAUUCGGUAGACCCUGCCACGUCAACGCCAGCUGGUUCCUCAGCAGCCAAGGCUUUGGUACCGAAGGUAUUGUCUGUAGAAGCUGCAGCAGAGGUGGUGGCAGCAGCUGCAGCUCCGGGCGAAGAGAAAAAGAAGGAAGGGAAGACAUUAAAUGCUGGAGAAACCGCAGCAGGAGGAGGAGAAGGGAAUGUAACAACAGCGGCAGCUGCUGCAAGUGCUGAUGUGAUUGGAGAAGCAGGAGCGGCAGGGACGCUGGCAGAGGGUGCGGAAAAAUCAGUGGAGGGUGCAGGAGGAGGCGCCAGUAAGGCACCUGCUGCAGCAGCUGCUAAGAAGUCCACCCUCAACCCCAACGCCAAGGAGUUCAAGUUCAACCCCAACGCCAAGGUCUUCACCCCCACCUUUUCUAUGCCAGCUUCCGCCCCUCCUCCCCUCCCCCCGCCCUUCAUCCCCGCCUAUCCCUCCGCCCUCCCCCUCCAGCCGCGCCCAGACCACCCCUUCCCCUUCCAACCCCUCCCUGGCGCACCCCCCUCCGCCCCUGGUGCCCCCAUCCCCUUCCCCGCUCCUCUCUACCUCCCCUCCGCUCUCCCUCCCCCCUCCCCCGCCAUGUCUUCCCCCAUCCCCCCCCAACUCACUCCUGGCGGCCCCACCCCCCCUGCCUCCGCGCUCCCCCUCCCCCUGCCUUCCCCCGGUUCCGCUGUUGGGGGAGCAGCAGCGGGGGGGGGGACAGGGGGCCUUAUCCCCAUCCCUGUUUCGGUGCCAGGUGGCAUGCCACCAUUGGCUGUGGCUCCCCAGCCCAUGUAUAUGCCCUCCCCCCAGCAGCAGCAGCAGCAGCAGCAACCUCUGUUGCCACAGCAAGGGUAUGGAGGGGGGGGGAGUGGGGGGAUGGAAGGGGGGAAGCAAGGGGAGGAUGGUAGUGGUUCUGGGGACGUUGGGGGGAGGCAGGGGCAAGAUGAGGGGCAAGGAGCGGGGAUUGCAGGGCAAGGGCGGGGACAGAACCAGAACCAGAACCAGAACCAGAACCAGAACCAGAACCAGAACCAGGGUUAUAAUCAUCAAUAUCAUCAGCAACAGCAGCAGCAGCAGCAGCAGCUUCAGGCUCACGUGCCAAGGUCGGGGCACCAGCGGCGGCAGAAGCAGCAGCAGCAGGACAGGCAGCAGCGGCACCGGCAGGGGCCGCAGGGGGAUGGUGGGGAACACAACCAGCAGCCCAUGCAGCCUCACCAGCAACACCAGCAGCAAGUGCAAUUCGGGCAGCAGCAGCAGCAGCAGCAUCAGCAGCAUCAGCAGCAGCAGCAGCAGCAGCAGCAGGGUCAGCAAGAUGGCAGUUUUCACGAUCAAAAUGACUUGAACAAGUGGCAGCCGCAGCAGCAGCCACCAGCAGCAUUCAUGCCCAUGCCGCCUCAAGGCAUGCCGCCCCAAGGCAUGCUCCCGCCCGGCAUGUCCCCGGGCAUGCGCCCCUUCCUGCCUGCAGCUCACGGCGGCCAACCCAUGCCUGGGCCCAUGCCCCAAGGCAUGCCGCAAGGCAUGGCAGGAGGCAUGCCCAUGAUGUUCACCCCGCAAGGCUUCCCCCAGCCCAUGAUGUAUGGGCAGCACGGGCAGCUCGUGUACAUGCCCAUGCCGCAGAUGAUGCCAGCUCCUAUGAUGAUGCCACCUCAGCAGCAACAGGACCAGUCACAGCAGCAGCAGCAGCAGCAGCAGCAGCAGCAGCAGCAGCAGGGGGAGGGCUCACAACAAACCACCACAGACCAGCAACAAGCACAACAGCAGCAAGAGGCAGGCCAGCAGCAGCAGCAGGGAGCACCGCUGCCAGGAAUGCCAGCACAGCAGAAGGGGCCUGCCCAGAUGUACCCCAUGGGAAUGCCUCGAGGUCCGGUGAUGCUGCCCCCGCCACAUUUCUUCCACCGCCCACCCAUGGUUCCUAUGCACAGCAUGCCGCCCGCCCACAUGCCCAUGCCGCCCCACCCGGGCUCAUCACCCCCAGUCAUGAGCAGCCCCCAGCCGCCUGCCUCCAUGCCUCCCACCCGGUGAGGCAGAGGGGGGAGGGGGGAGGGGGAGUGGAGAGGGGAGGAUUGUGGACUUCAUUUUGAGGUUCGCCCCAAGGCAUGCCUAUCCCGCCCCACCCGGGCUCAUCACUCUCAGUCAUGAGCAGCCCCCAGCCGCCUGCCUCCAUGGCCCCCACCGGGUGAGGCAGAGGGGGGAGGGGGGAGGGGGAGGGGAGAAUAUCUGGCUGUGUUUUGAGGUUCGCCUCAAGGCAUGCCCAUGCCGCCUCACCCGGGCUCAUCACCCCCUGUCAUGAGCAGGUCCCAGCCACCUGCCUCUGUCGAUGCCUCCAUGCCUCCUGGCCGGUGAGGCAGAUCGGGAAGGGGAGGAUGGCUGGCUUCAUAGUGAGGUGCCUGCAUAGCAUACUUCGACUGGACACGCUUCAUUUGGCCGCCCCAUCCUACAAUCUCCAUGCACACCCGGUCAAAAAAAUUAAGCGUUAGCGUUUCGUAUAUCACCUCAUCCACUAGCUCCGGGCACACCCAGUCGUGAGCAGCAGUCCCCAUGCCCCUGCAGUCAUGCCUCCCAUGCGAUGGCCUUGAAAGUGCCUUGGAGAAUGUGCUCCUUGGUAUUUGUUGGGCAUUAGAGGAUUCGGGUGGUACUUGGGGACCGUGAUGACUCCUUUUUAUGAGGUCUGUCAAAAGUUUUGAUACGUUGCUGAUGGCAGCUUCUGGCAUCGGAAUGGCAUCAGAUC